AUGCGCGUGUUUCAAUUGACGACGGCCCUCGGGUCGAUCAUCGUUUCUGCGGCAGCCCUUACUCCUGAAGAGCUUAUCGCAGCUCCGAGACGGGGUGAGGCUGUUCCCAAUCCUUCGGGGGAAGUCGCGCUCUUUUCCACCUCUGAAUAUUCCUUCAAGACCCAUACCACAUCAUCAUGGUGGAGUCUGCUGGAUCUGGAGACUGGAAAAGUGACUCAACUCACCAACGACAGCAAUGUCUCUGAAUUGACUUGGCUAGGGUCUACUGACUCGGGUCUGUUGUAUAUCAACGGCACUAAUGCUGAGAUUCCUGGAGGUGCCGAGAUUUGGGUGUCAGAUACCUCGGAUUUUACCACCUCUGCCUACAAGGCAGCUUCAUUGCCAGCGCCGCUUUCUGGCCUCAAGACAGCCAUCACCAAGUCUGGAGAUAUUAAUUUCUUGGUGUAUGGAGAGUCUUGGCCCAAUGGAACGGCGUACAAUGAAGAGCUCGCUGCUAAGCCCCUAAGCUCGGCACGUAUCUACGACAGUAUUUACGUCCGCCACUGGGAUACCUGGCUCACGACGAGAUUCAAUGCUAUCUUCUCGGGAACUUUGAAGAAGAAAAGAGCCGGAUAUGGAGCAACAUCCAGCUACACUUCUAGUGGAUCUCUCAAGAACCUCGUCGCAGGAGUCAAGAACCUCGAGUCACCCUAUCCGCCAUUCGGUGAUUCGUCUGACUAUGACAUCUCCCCCAACGGAAAAUUGGUCGCAUUCAAGAGCAAGGCUCCUGAACUGCCACGUGCAAACAACACUGCUUCAUAUAUCUAUGUUGUUCCCCAUGAUGGAUCCAAAAAGGCCGUGGCUAUCAAUGGCCCAGACAGUCCUGGCACACCGAAAGACAUCAAGGGUGAUUCAAGCAGUCCUUCCUUUUCCCCAGAUGGUCGUCACCUUGCAUAUCUUCAAAUGGAAGAUAUCUCCUACGAGUCGGACCGUCGCACUGUCUACAUUUACACUAUUGACUCCAAGGAUACUAUUCGCACAUUGGCCAAGAACUGGGACCGCUCACCUGGGGCAAUCAAGUGGACUGCUGACGGUAAGAACCUAGUUUUGAACACUGAGGAUUUUGCACGCUCUCGACUCUUCUUGCUACCUGCCGAUGCUGGUGAUGAUUUCAAGCCUAAGAACUUCACCGACGGUGGAGUAGUGGCUGCUUACUACAGCCUGCCUAACGGAGACUAUUUGGUUUCUGGUUCCGCUAUCUAUACUAGCCGCACAGUUUACACCGCAAAGCCUGGCAAGGGCGUCACAGGUGUUGUCUUCUCUGCCAACGAAGUUGACCCCGCCCUCAAGAGCUUUGGCCCAUCGGACGUUGAUGAGUUCUACUAUAAGGGAAACUGGACAGAUAUUCACUCCUGGAUCAUUUACCCCUCGAACUUUGAUAAGUCGAAGUCAUACCCGCUUCUGUUCUAUAUUCACGGUGGACCCCAAGGCUCUUGGGCUGACUCCUGGAGCACUCGGUGGAACUACAAGGUCUUCGCCGACCAAGGAUAUGUGGUUGUCGCGCCCAAUCCAACUGGCAGCACUGGGUUUGGUGAUAAGCUCACGGAUGAGAUCGCGAACAAUUGGGGAAGCUACCCUUACGAUGACUUGGUCAAAGGUUGGGAGUAUGUCCGGGACAACUUCGACUUUAUCGAUACCGACCGCGGUGUGGCAGCUGGCGCCAGCUACGGUGGCUUCAUGAUCAACUGGAUCCAGGGUAAUCCUCUAGGCCGCGAGUUCAAGGCUCUGGCCAGUCACGAUGGCACAUUUGUGGCUGACGCAAAGGUCUCAACCGAGGAGCUGUGGUUCAUGGAGCAUGAGUUCAACGGCACAUUCUGGGACAACCGUGACAACUACCGUCGAUGGGAUCCAUCUGCUCCAGAGCACAUUAAGCAAUUCGCUACCCCACAGCUCAUCAUCCACAGUGAUUUGGAUUAUCGGCUUCCCAUCUCUGAGGGCCUGGCGCUUUUCAAUGUGUUGCAGGAGCGAGGUGUUCCAAGCCGGCUGCUCAGUUUCCCUGAUGAAAACCAUUGGGUCAUCAACAAGGAAAACAGUCUUGUCUGGCAUCAACAGGUCUUAGGAUGGCUCAAUAAGUACGCUGGCAUUGACACCCCGGGCUCUGUCAGUUUGGACGACACUACAGUUCCUGUUGUGGAUUAUAAUCCUCAGUUUUAG